AUGCAGAAUAUCCAAACUAAAAGCUUCAUCAUCCUCCUCUUGGUGCUUCUUGGCCUGUCAAGAGCUGAUUUCUUAGAUAAAGUUCAUGUCAGGGUCAUCAACAAGCUGGGUUCCGGCAGGAUCAUGGGCGUCCAUUGCCGAUCACACGACGACGACCUCGGUUAUCUUGCCGUCCCUGAUGGCCUUGAAAUGGAGUGGAAAUUCUCUGUGAAUUUCUGGGGAACCACAUUGUUUUACUGUGAUGUGCACUGGGGUGGUUCAAGUUGGCACCAUUUUGAUGCCUACUCAUACGAACAGGACUCUAACCGGUGCCAGACUGAAUGCAGUUGGAUGGUAUCAAAGGAUGGCCAAUUAUUUGUUUUUAAUCAGGAGUUCAAAAACUGGGAUUUGAUACCUUUUCAAGAUUAG